AUGGGGUCAGUAGACAGUUCAACAGGAAAUUAUAUUGGACAUUUAGCAACACAGCAUGGUAUUACAGAAAAUCAAAAAUUUGUUGAAUUUUUAAUUAAAGAUCACCAACCAAUAAGUAUUCGAAAUGAUGAAGGUCUUAAAGAUUUUAUUGCAGAAUUUGAUCCAUCAUACCGAUUUCCAAGUGAAAAAUAUUUCCGACAGUUACUUUCUGAAAUAUAUGAGCAUACUAAACUAUCUUUAUUAAAUAUUUUUGAAAAAAAUAUUAUAUUAUGCUCUUUAACCUGUGAUUUAUGGACUGGAUGUAAUAGAUUAGGAUAUCUGGGUAUUACUUGUUCUUAUAUUGAUAAUAGUUUUCAGUUACAAGAAAACAUACUUUCUAUUAGAUAUUUUCCUUAUCUGCAUACUGGCGAAAUUAUCUCUAAAACUUUAAAUUCAAUUAUUAAUGAAUGGAAUCUUGAUAAUAAACUACGACAAGUAGACUAUAAAGAUAACGAAGAUGUUUUUAAUGAUACUAUUUUAAAUAAGGAUCAAGCAGAUAAUAUCGAGUCAGUUAACUUUCAACAAUUUAAUGUUCCUCAAAAUUGUGUAAAUUUUGAAGAAAGAGUAAAAACGGCUUUAUAUAAUGCUAUGAAUUAUUAUUGGCAAAUGCCAUCAGAAGAAGGAAUGUUAGCUGCAUUACUUGACCCUCGAUGUAAAAUAUUAAAUUUUACUUCAGAAUCUUUAAAAGCUAGAACUUAUGAUUCAUUGUGUGAGAUAUAUAAGCAAUAUCAAAAUCAAACUAAUAUACUACCUAUUAAACAGCCAUUACAAUCUACAAGCAAACUAUUAGCCUCUAUGUAUCGAUCAAGGUAUACCCUUUUGGGUAAAGAGUUAACCGGGUACGACCACUAG